CAAAUCAGGGUUACUCGGUCUUGCCCGUAGGGGGAGACCAAGUUACUAGCCUGAGUGUGAGGGCACUAGGGCGAAUCCCAUCACACUGGUCUUGAUUCAGCAUUAAGCUAUGAAAAACCUCGAAUUUGUGAGCAUAUGCCUUCAUUGUUGCUUUGUACCAUGUAUGGGAAUGGCGUUGUUGGAAUAUUGUCUGAGUCCUGCAACUUAUGGGAAAGGAGAGCUCCUCUGAACCCAUCACAUUGUGCCCGUCUUCUACACAGUGGUAGCAAUAAAAGUGGAAUAGACCGCAUAAUUGUGCAGCCAUGCACAAAACGCAUUCACCAUGAUUCUGAGUAUGAAGAUGUUGGUUGUGAAAUAUCAGAUGACUUGUCAGACUGUGGCCUCAUUUUGGGAGUCAAGCAACCAAAGAUGGAGAUGAUUAAGCCUGAUAGGGCUUAUGCCUUUUUCUCCCAUACCCACAAAGCUCAGAGGGAGAACAUGCCUUUGUUAGAUAAGAUUCUCAAGGAGAGAGGAUCCUUAUAUGACUAUGAGCGUAUGGUUGGUGAAAAUGGUAAAAGGCUGCUGGCAUUUGGAAAAUUUGCUGGCAGAGCUGGAAUUAUAGACCUUUUAAGUAGCCUGGGCAAAAGAUACUUGAACAUGGGAUACUCUACACCUUUCCUUUCACUUGGAGCAUCUUAUAUGUAUUCAUCUCUUUCUGCAGCUAAGUCUGCAGUGAUUGCUGUGGGUGAAGAAAUAGCAACACUCGGACUGCCCUCUGGGAUAUCUCCUGUUGUGUUUGUGUUCACAGGAUCAGGAAAUGUUUCUCAAGGUGCACAAGAGAUUUUUAAGCUUUUACCUCAUGCAUUUGUUGAUCCAUCCAUUCUUCCAGAACUCGUUGGAACGGAUGGAGACCUUGUUCAAUCACGGGCAUCAAGGAGAAACUUCCAAGUAUAUGGUUGUGUUGUAACUUGUGAAGACAUGGUCACACCUCUGGACCCAGCAAAAACAUUUGAUAAGGCUGACUAUUAUGCACAUCCAGAACACUACAUUCCCAUUUUCCAUGAAAGAAUUGCACCAUAUGCAUCGGUAAUGGUGAAUUGCAUGUAUUGGGAAAGAAGGUUUCCUCGAUUGCUUAGUACUAAGCAAUUACAAGACAUAAUGAGAAAAGGAUGCCCACUUGUUGGUAUUUCUGAUAUAACAUGUGAUGUCGCUGGUUCAAUUGAGUUUGUUAAUCAAAUCACGUCGAUAGAGAAUCCUUUCUUCAGGUACAAUCCCUUCACAACUUCGUAUCAUGAAGAUAUGAGGGGUGAGGGUAUAAUAUGUCUAGCAGUUGACAUUCUUCCAACUGAGUUUCCAAGAGAAGCAACCCAAUAUUUUGGAGAUGUCCUAUCCAAUUUCAUUGGUGUCUUGGCCUCUACGAUUAACAUCUCAGAUUUACCUCCUCAUUUAAGAAGAGCUUGCAUAUCUCACAAAGGAGUGCUUACACCUUUAUAUGAAUAUAUUCCCCGCAUGAGAAAUUCAGACUCAGUUGAUUCACCACUAAACCCUUGCAAUAGUCUCCCCAAGAAAUACACAAUAUUGGUUUCUCUUAGUGGUCAUUUAUUUGAUCAAUUUUUUAUCAAUGAGGCAUUGGAUAUCAUUGAGGCUGCUGGGGGUUCAUUUCAUUUAGUGAGAUGUGAAGUGGGUCAAAGUGCAGAUGCCUUGUCAUUCUCAGAACUUGAAGUUGGUGCUGAUGAUCAAAGCAUUCUUGAACAAAUAAUUGAUUCGUUGUCUUCUAUUGCUAAACCAAGUGAUGAUUCUGAGGCUAGAGUUUCCAGGAGAGGAACAUAUGGAUUUUCACUAAAGGUUGGUAAGGUUGGUGAAACAAUGGUGCAGACAAGAGAUCACAUGGAGGAAAGACCGGCGGUUCUAAUUUUGGGUGCCGGACGUGUUUGUGAACCAGCUGUUGAGCUUUUAGCAUCAAGUGGAAGCGGAUCUCAUAGCUGGUUUAAAAAUCAUUUUGGCAGUGAUACAAAUGGGCCUAAGGAUGUUCAAGUGAUAGUGGCAUCACUCUAUCUGAAAGAUGCAGAGAAGAUUAUUGAGGAUUUUCCAAAUGCAAUAGCAAUUGAGCUUGAUGCUAUGGAUCACAGUAGCCUCUGUAAGUAUGUUUCCCAGGUUGAAGUUGUAAUAAGUUUAUUGCCUCCAAGUUUUCACUCCAUCGUUGCGAAAGCUUGUAUUGAGCUGAAAAAGCAUCUUGUCACUGCGAGCUAUGUUAAUGAUUCCAUGUCAAAGUUAGAUGAAAUGGCCAAAGGUGCAGGCAUCGCGAUUCUUUGUGAAAUGGGUUUGGAUCCUGGCAUAGACCAUAUGAUGGCAAUGAAGAUGAUCCAUGAGGCACAUGGCAGAGGUGGAAUAAUAAAUUCUUUUGUUUCUUAUUGUGGAGGACUUCCAUCUCCAGCUGCUGCAAACAAUCCAUUGGCUUAUAAAUUCAGUUGGAACCCUGCUGGAGCCAUCAAAGCAGGACGGAAUCCAGCCAAAUACAAAUACCAAGGGGAAAUUAUACAUGUCGAUGGAAAUGCACUAUAUGACUCUGCAACAAGAUUCCAAAUUCCAGAUCUCCCUGCAUUUGCUUUGGAGCAUCUUCCAAACCGUGAUUCUGUAGUUUAUGGGGACUUGUAUGGAAUUGGCCAUGAAGCAUCGACAGUCUUUCGUGCAACUCUCCGUUAUGAAGGAUAUAGCGAAAUAAUGAGUUGCCUAGCAAAGCUUGGUUACUUUGAUUCUGACAUUCACCCCUUACUGAAAGAAGGAAAAAGGCCUACAUUUGGCACUUUCCUUGAGGGUCUUUUGAAAAUAAAGGAAAGUAACGAUUUGGAGAUGUUUGGGAAAUUUGGAGAAGAAAAGUUGGGAGAAGAGAAGCAAAUGGUGCUGAUGUUGAUUAAGUCUGGAUAUUGCAAAGAAUUGUCUAGUGCUGAGAAAACUGUUAAAACUAUCAGAUUUCUCGGACUUGAUGGACAUGAUGAGAUUCCUGAAGCUUGUCAAAGCGCAUUUGACGUUAUUUGCUUGCGCAUGGAGGAGAGACUUUCCUACUCUGAUGACGAAAAGGAUAUGGUUCUUCUUCAACAUGAAGUGGAAGUAGGAUUUGAAGAUGGUCGCCCAAGUGAAAGCCACCGAGCAACCCUUUUGGAAUUUGGAAAGAUACAGAAUGGGAAGAAUACUACUGCCAUGGCUCGAACUGUGGGCAUCCCAGCCGCCAUUGGAGCUCUGCUCUUGGUAGAAAACAAAAUUACGUCAAGAGGCAUUAUACGGCCUCUCGAACCUGAAGUCUAUGAACCAGCACUGAAUAUUUUAGAGACUAUGGGUUUCGGGAUCUUCGAAAAGAAGGAAUGUGCUUGAGGAGUAACACAGCGUCAGAUGACAGAGCUUCUCAGAACCCAAGUGCAGCGGGUUUUGGAGGAUUAAUAAGAGACCAUAUGGGGCAUAUUAUUUGUUCAUAUGAUGGCCUUUAUGGUGUCACUACAGUUAAUGAAGUUGAAGGUAGAGGCCGUUUGGAAGGCAUUAAACUCUUGUCAAGAUUUGAAGGAGAGUAGAUCAUGGAAGGGAAUUCAGCAAACAUUAUAGCUUGGAGUAGAGUAAAGGUGAAGGUAAUAUACCAUGGAGGUUGACUACAAUUUUUCAUGAGAUAUGAGAUAUUUUUAAAACUAUAAUUGCUGAAAUGCGCUAUUGUUACCGGGAGUCUGAGGUUGAUUGUCUUGCAAGAGUACACCAAUCUUCAUUGGUGAUUACUUCCUUCCAGUAAAUUUGCCUGCAUCUUGUAACU